AUGCUCAGCUACAGCACUGUCCUGCCGAAAACACAUACUUCAGUUGAACUACAAUGGUAUCAGGAUUAUAAUUUGAAUAUUCAAACGGUCGCACAACGAAAUGCCACACCACCCACUCAGACUAUUGGUGCACGUGAAGUAUACCACGAAACUCACGCUGCACUCAAGCCGCUCAUAAAUGGUGUCCACACAAAGGAAGACCUCGAUGAACUGCUGCAGGAUCUUGACGAGCUGCGGAGAAUGAAAGCUGAAGAGGCCCGCUCCGCUCUCAUUCACGACCCUCCAGUCAUUCAGCAGAAAGGAUGCCCGCGGGAGGAGGGCCAUCAGCGAGGAAUCAAGUCUGUUCAGAGAAUAUGCGAGCGACUCCAACAGCGUCCCAGGCAUGCCUCGAGCCACCCAGCGCAACUCAAAGAGCGCGUCGCAAAUGUGGGCUUUGUCGAUGGGAGGGAUUCACACGGCUAA